UUUGUUGCUGGAGGAGGGUGGGCGUGGGGGUGUUGGUAUUGUGGAUUGAGAAGAGGCUGAUAUUCAGGUGAGGUGCAUGUUCACUUCAGCUUCUUUGAUCAGCACUCCUCCCACGUGAACUCACUCUUUUUCUCACUCACUUUACCAACCUCUGCUCCGGAGAAAAUUGCUUUUGGCUCCACAUAUUUCCCUGUCAGUCUUCCUCUGGAAGUGAAAGGCUAUUCCGAGGGUGUGGAAGACACCAGAGAAGACACACAGCAGUUGGAGUGUAGAGGGAGAGCAGAGGGCACAGAGAGCUUCACCAGACUUACCCAGGAUUAUUUUAGGUGGCCAGCGAGGACCAGGAUCAAACUUUACCAUGGACAAACUCGCCUUAGAGGCAAAGGGGGUGGCUACCUCUGCUGAGUCUGAGAAGAAAGCUGCACCAAGGACAAAACCUAAAACUCCAAAAAAGCCCAAAAGGACUGUUUUCUUUGAGGUGGAGAUUAUUGACCUAAAGACUAAGGAGAAACUUUUGCUUCUAGACAAAGUGGAGCCAACUGCCACUAUUUUGGAUAUUAAAUCCUUAUUUCACAAAUCCUAUCCAAAAUGGUAUCCAGCCAGACAGUCCCUGCGUUUGGACCCAAAGGCCAAGUGUCUCAGGGACGAGGAUGUUCUUCAGACACUUCCUGUGGGAACCACCACAAGCUUUUACUUCUGUGACCUCGGACCUCAGGUCACAUGGGGAACGGUGUUCCUGACAGAGUGUGCAGGUCCACUGAUCAUCUACCUUAUGUUCUACUUCCGCCUCCCCUUCAUCUACUCUCCAAAGUAUGACUUCACCAGCAGCAAGCAGUGGGUCGUACAUUUGGCCUGCGUGUGUCACUCCCUCCACUACAUUAAGAGGAUUCUGGAGACCUUGUUUGUCCAUCGUAUCUCCCAUGGGACCAUGCCUCUCCGAAACAUAUUUAAGAACUGUGGCUAUUACUGGUGCUCUGCUGCCUGGAUGGCAUACUACAUUAACCACCCUCUCUACACCCCUCCUGAAUACGGGCAGCAGCAGGUGAAUAUAGGGCUUUAUAUCUUUGCGUUUUGUCAACUAGGGAAUUUUUCCAUCCACGUCACCCUGCGUAACCUCAAAAACCAAGGUUUGAAAAACAAGAAGAUUCCCUACCCGACCAAAAAUCCUUUCACAUGGAUUUUCUGGUUGGUCUCAUGUCCAAACUACACGUAUGAGCUGGGCUCCUGGAUCGGCUUCACGGUGAUGACCCAGUGUGUGCCUGUGGCUCUCUUCACUCUGGUGGCCUUCAUCCAGAUGACCGUGUGGGCCAAAGGCAAACACCGCAGCUACUUAAAGGAGUUCAGAGAUUAUCCGACGCUGCGCUCCUCCAUACUCCCAUUCAUCCUGUAGAGCCAGUGGCCAACACAGCACACAAACCGGGUCCUUCAGAAGUGCCCCCUCCAUCUGUGUGCCCGUCAGAAAGCAUGUGCCGGGGGUUUGAUGUGUGGAUGGAUGAACUGACUGUUGAAGUGCACAGGAAGAGUAACAUGCAGAAAAGUCUUAAUUUAAUGUUGUUUGUGAACAUUUAAAGAAUAAAGAUUAAAAAUGUCCUUUUUUAUUUUGCUACUUUGAUAAGGAGUUUUGUUUGCAUUACUUACACCGUCAGUGCAGUUUUCAAACAAGGCCAGCACACCGUCACUGAUUAUACUAAUCUGACUGAGCUCCUCUGCCAACACAGCAAUGUAUUUUACAUUACUGUAAUGCACAGUAAUGUAAAAUAAAUACAUUUUCUCUUAGGGUGGCAAAGAUGUGGCAUGGCGUUUCGACAUGGGGGUUGGAGGUUAGAUGCUCAGAAAAGUGUCAGCAACUUAAGAUGACCGACCAUACUGUAUCCUGUCUCCCCUAGUGGAAAUCACGAGUUUGGCAGGUGACACCACUUUUAAAUUGUGUGUGAAUGUGUGUGAUGUUGUCUCACUGAAAUAUUUCAGCGGCCCCCUCCCUCUGCCCACCGCCCAGCUCCACCACCGUACGGCAGCGCUGUCAUAGCAGAGCUGCAUUAGUAGUUAUUUGUGAUGAGGAUAAACCUUUUCCUGUUUUAGUCUGUGCAUGACUCAAGUGAAUUUCUGCAGGAGGAAAACCAGCCAGAAGGAAAAACACCACUGAUAACAUGUACGGACAUGUCUUUGUUAAAUACAUCUGUUACCACCACUGAGAGGACUGUACUGUCACAGCUUCUCAGCUAAAAGUGCUAAAACUGCCCAGUUUGAGUCUGUUUCAGUUUGUACCAGAAUGACACACAACUAAAUUAUAAUAAUAAUAAAAAAAAUUCCACUUCCAGAGUAAAUAAUGAAGAGGACGCGUUUCUACAACAAGGUUAAUUAUGCCCACCAUGUGUUUACAGCAAGACGAUCUAAAGUCCGACCCCGGGGGCCGAUUGCAGCUGUUAUCCAGGUUUAAUGUGACCCACGCUUUCCUUUCAAAUUGUAAAUUGUAUCACUUUAGUCAUUUUUAUUACUUUUUUGUAGCUACAUUACUGCUGUGUUUAUAGAUAUGCCUUCUUAGGUUUUAAGAUUU